AUGCCCGAGACAGUUCUGAUUUUGGAACAGCCAGAGAGAUGCACCGAUAUAGUAGUUUGUCUUAAAGGGUUCCAGCUGUUCCGAUAUGUCGAAGGACCAACAAACACUUCUCAGGCAGACCCGAAAGACUCAAUCUACCAGCACCCAUCUCAGAUGAGCAGCACUAGAGUCACUUUUUCUAUGCGGCACGAUAUCUACAGCCUUGGUGUUUGCUUACUCGAAAUCGGGCUCUGGAAAUCGCUUGUCGACUAUGACGGUGGUGAUGUUGCGCAGAUCUCAAACACUCUGCAGGCAACUGGGGGCCCUUCUGAGCAUGUACAAUCAGAAGCUGUCAAGGAGAAACCUAUAUUGCUGAGCCGCAACCAGUUGAGGGCAUUGAUGCGCUACACCAAACAGUGGAAAAAACAAUAG